CACCCGUAUGUACUCGCAUCUUUGUGUCCCGUGGAAACAUGUCGGGGAGGAGAGAGCCCGGUGGAGGAACUGCUUCGUCUAUCAAAUGCUCACCUGAGACAUAAACCGAAAGCGACACAGUCAGAAAGGAAACGGCGGCGUGUUUGUUCGAGUUUGGAGUAACGGCAGCCUUCCGCUGUCACAGAAGCGAGCCGGUCGGGAUCGGAUGGACGACUAAAGACAGACAGCCGGGGCUUGAUCUGAAGACUUAGCUUCGCAGGCAGGUGGUCGAGCCGGUUAGAGAGAAAGAGCGAGAGAGGGGGGACAGCGUGUACGGUCUCGGAUCAGAACGGGGUUUCUCCUUGCUAGGGGAUGUUAUCCGUACUGUCUUAUGGCAGACUGGUAGCCAGGGCUGUCCUGGGCGGACUCUCUCAGACGGACGGUCGGGACUACAGUCUGAUCACCGCCAGUUAUGGUUUCGGUAAAGACUUUCGCAAGGGGAUCCUGAAGAAAGGGAUGUGCUACGGUGAUGAUGCUUGCUUCAUUGCACGGCACAAGACGGCUGAUGUCUUGGGCGUAGCAGAUGGCGUAGGUGGUUGGCGGGACUAUGGUGUCGACCCAUCUCAGUUCUCUGCAACCUUAAUGAAGACCUGUGAGCGACUGGUGAAGGAGGGUCGCUUCACACCCAGUAAUCCAGUGGGCAUCCUGACGUCUGGCUACUACGAGCUCUUGCAGAACAAAGUUCCCUUGCUAGGAAGCAGCACGGCCUGCAUCGUAGUUCUGGAUCGGCGGAGUCACAGGCUACAUACGUGUAACCUUGGCGACUCUGGCUUUUUAGUGGUACGUGGUGGAGAGGUGGUUCAUCGCUCGGACGAGCAACAGCACUAUUUUAAUACACCUUUCCAGCUGUCCAUCGCUCCUCCGGGAGCCGAAGGAGUCGUGCUCAGUGACAGUCCUGAAGCGGCUGACAGCUCCUCUUUCGACGUGCAGCUUGGUGACAUCAUCUUAACCGCAACAGACGGUCUCUUUGACAACAUGCCAGACUACAUGAUUCUUCAGGAGCUCAAAAAACUCAAGACUACCAACUAUGACAGCAUCCUGCAGACUGCACAGAGCAUUGCAAAGCAAGCUCAUGAUCUUGCCUACGACCCUAAUUAUAUGUCCCCUUUUGCACAGUUUGCCUGUGACAAUGGCCUGAAUGUAAGAGGAGGGAAGCCAGAUGACAUCACGGUGCUGCUCUCUAUCGUGGCUGAAUACACAGACUAAAAUGUGUGUGUGUGUGUGUGCGUGUGUGUUUGAAUGCGCUUCUCUGGGGCUGUUCCUUCUUCGCCACCUGCCUGAGUCUUCCACCUGUGGCCCUCCCGAAAUGCACUGCGUCCUGUGGGGCUGACAGGGGAGGCCCGCCAACACCACGGCACACACUCCUUACAGCACGGCCCGUGUUAACAUUUCGUUUUCUUCCGCUGGUUUUGUUUUGGUGCUUGAGCGGCUGAGGGAAGGCAGGCAGCUAGAACGUUUUUUUUGUUUUGUUUUGUUUUUCUUUCAUGUUGAUCGUGAUGCAGGAGGAGCAGAGAGAGAGAGAGAGACGGGUGGGAAGAUGCCUUUCAUUCUUCCACGUCUCAUCCUGUAGCAUCAACAUCUUUUUCAAUGAUGUGACAGCCCAGGACAGAUGGACGGCCUGUAGGCUUUAAAAUCUGAAAUAAAAAUGUGAUAAGGAGUAAGCCAUGGGUUUGGAUUCUUUAGAGCGUAGUGAGUUAGCAGGUGAAACCUGGCUAUUGGUCUCUGUUGUUAAUCUG